AUGGCGGAUCAGGAUGAAGAUAGGCUCAAGAAAUCCCGGGAGGCCGUAGUUGUGGUUGAUGGGCAGAUGUCACCCGAGAGUAGACACAAGCCCGCGGGACAGGACGGGCCAAGUGGCGGGCCCCACAAAAAGCCAAAAGUACCUGGCAUCCCUUCCGUAGCAGAGAAGGUAAAAGAAGAUUUAGAAGAGAAGAGUUACAUAAUUUCAAAGCCAUCUGAACAAAAUAAAGUGCCUAAGGAAAUCACCAAUCAACAGGCAGCCAAGAUGCAAUCCACAAUUUCACAUAUGCCAGUUACGAAACCUUUGGAGACCAUAGAAUUAACUAAAAUACAAUCAGUAUCUACCAUGCCAAUAAUUAAACAAUGUCCCACAUUCACAUUAUCAUCAAAAAAUAUGGAUUCCAACUUCGAAAAGCGUAUCGAGACCACAUUUCCAGCAGAAAGGGGAUCUGAGCCUAAUACCGUGUCAGAAGUUACUAGACGUUUUGAGGGCAAGAUAUCAAAAAAGAAUUUGGAACCUGUUGUAUCGGGUGACGUUAAUUCUUCGGAAGAUAAAGGAUCUGAAACUAUAGAAUCGGAAUUUACUAAAAAAGUAAAACAAUCCCAACCAAUCCCUCAGGAGGUAAAGCCUCCGAUCACGAAAGCUUCCCUGGCCUCGAAGACGACAGAUGAGAGGUCAAACGAAGACAGUAUCCCAGGCGAUAUCGUUGUGCUACCUACUCGCGAAGAAACCAGGUUCUCCGUAUGGUCUGAUGACCAAGAGGCUGGCGGGCUGCCGCGCACCGAGACCAUGUCCGCGAAAAUGUCCCGCGCCGUUCGUCAGCUGAUCUGCUGCGGUGUCGCUUACUCCCCCCCGUCCGAAAACGAUAUCUCCACUACGCGACUACCGACGGGCAUCUGAAGACC